CACACCCAUGCACUCACCACGGCCAUCCCGACCGUCGCACGCGCCACCUACAAAAUCCAUCGCCGUCGUCUCCGAAGAUGCGCCGAGCAACCCACACCGUAGUUACUGGGUCUCCCAACCAGGUUAGCCCAGCAGGUAGCGCGCCAUGUUCCUCAACGUGCGCUUUGCGGGCCUCUCUGCUCUCCUCCUUGCCCUUGCCAGUGCCGCGCCCCAGGACGGUGCUGGCGAUGCCGACUCUGGUGCGCCCCGAGUUCUCUGGACGGUCUCUGCUGUCUCGUCGGUGGCAGUCUCGUCCACGCCGGUCCUUUCAUCUGCGGUGUCCUCUGCUGUAGCCUCGUCUGUCGCGUCCUCGAUCGCUGUCUCCUCAGUUAUCGCGUCAUCUGUAAUCUCUUCGGCAGCGGUCUCCUCAGCCAUUUCCUCAGCCGCGGCCUCCUCGGUGAUCUCCUCAGGUGUCGCGUCCUCAGCCAUCUCCUCAGCGGUGGUGUCCUCGGCCAUAUCCUCGGGUAUCGCGUCCUCAGUGAUCCCAACAGCGACAACACCCUCUGCAGUCUCUUCGGCCAUCGCGUCCUCAGAGAUCUCCUCCGCAGCAGCCUCCUCCGCCAUCUCCUCCGCCCUCCCCACGAGCACCAUCGGCGGCACCGUCGGCGAGGUCUCUGGCGUCUCCUACACCGUCUCCGGCACCUACACCAUCUACGGUGACCCCGCACCCACCAACCCCGCCUCCCUCGCCACCAGCCCCUCCUCCGGCGAGCCACCCUACAACUCUGGCUCCGGCACCGAAGUCGGCUGGCAGACGCUCUCGUUAUCCUCAUACGCAUUCUCCUCCUACCCGGUCGCCGCGCCCUCCGCGGUCCCGCCCAUCUUCCCAGACGUCUCCCCGCUCUACCCCCCGCCACCGCUCAACCCCGGCAGCCCGAUCGUGCCGGACUUCAGCAGCGCAUGGGACAUCGCGUACGCAAAGGCGGAGGCGUUCGUCGCCGGGCUCACGCUCGAGCAGAAGGUCAACGUCAGUACGGGUGUGUAUUGGGAGCAGGGCUUGUGUGUCGGGAAUAUUGGGCAGGUGGGCAGUUGGCCUGGGCUGUGUCUUCAGGACUCGCCGUUGGGCGUGCGGUAUACGGAUUUCAAUACGGCGUUCCCGGCGGGGAUUCAGGUGGCUACGACGUUCAAUCGGACGAUGAUGCGUCUGCGAGGGUACGAGAUGGGCCAGGAGUUCCGCGGGAAGGGCGUCAACGUUGCGCUGGGGCCUAUGAUGAAUAUGGGCCGUGUGGCGCAGGCGGGAAGGAACUGGGAGGGCUUUGGGACGGAUGCGUUUUUGAGCGGCGAGGCGGCAUAUGAGACCGUGCUUGGACUGCAGAGCGCGGGUGUGCAGGCGUGUGCGAAGCAUUAUAUUGACUAUGAGCAGGAGUACAAGCGCACGCAGGAGAGCUCGAACGUGGAUGAUCGGACGAACCAUGAGAUUUAUUUGAAGCCGUUCUUGCGAAGCGUCAUGGCGGGGGUGGCGAGUGUGAUGUGCAGCUACAAUAUGAUCAACGAUACGUACGCGUGCGAGAAUGAUAGGACGUUGAACCAGCUGCUCAAGCAGGAGCUCGGAUUCCGCGGGUACAUCAUGAGUGAUUGGGGCGCGCAGAUGAGCACGCUGAGCGCGAUGGCUGGGUUGGACAUGUCGAUGCCGGGCGACAUCACACUUGGCUCGUCGACCUCAUGGUGGGGCCCGAACCUGACCGCCUUCGUCGAGAACGGGACGAUCCCGCUGAGCCGCGUGGACGACAUGGCGACGCGCAUCAUGGCCGGGUACUACCUCCUCGGGCAAGACCAAGGAUACCCCAACGUGUCGUUCAACGCAUUCAACGCGUACGAUACCGUGCACAACCUGCACGUCGACGUGGAGGGCGAUCAUUACAGGCUCGUGCGGGAGAUCGGCGCGGCUGGGGCGGUGCUGCUGAAGAACACGAACGGCGCGCUGCCGCUGCAGGCCCCGCGGAGCGUCGUGCUCGUCGGCUCGGACGCGGGGAACGGUGCGAUGGGCGCGAACGGGUAUACAGACCGCGGUGGGGACGAUGGGAUUCUGGGGAUGGGCUGGGGCUCGGGGACGGCGAAUUAUCCGUACCUCGUUAGUCCGAUGGACGCGAUGCAGGUGAGGGCGAGGAGGGACGGGACGAGUUUGACGAAUUGGUAUUUGGAUUGGGAUACGGAGGGGGCGGCGGGGGCGGUUGAGCAGGUGGAGGUUGCGAUCGUGUUUGUGAAUUCGGAUUCGGGGGAGGGGUAUAUUACCGUGGAUGGGAAUUUUGGGGAUAGGAACAACUUGUCGUUGUGGCAUAAUGCGGAUAACCUCAUUCAGGCGGUCGCGGCUGCGAACAACAACACGAUCGUCGUUGCGCACUCGGUCGGGCCGUCUAUCAUCGAGCCGUGGGUUGAGAAUCCGAACGUCACCGCGAUCAUCUGGGCGGGCGUCGCGGGACAGGAGGCAGGGAACGCGAUCGUGGACGUGCUAUACGGCGAUUACAACCCAAGCGGCCGACUUCCCUACACGAUCGCGAAGACCCUCGAGGACUACGGCGUCUUCCUCGUGCUCGGCGGCGAGUCCGACACUCUCCUCAGCAUCCCGUACGACGAGGGCCUGUUCUACGACUAUCGACGGUUCGACCAGUACAAUAUCACGCCGCGGUUCGAGUUUGGGUAUGGGUUGAGCUAUACGACGUUUGGGUAUUAUAAUCUGGCGGUGGAGGUGGUGCCGCAGUAUGACCCGAUGUCGUACGAUCUCGAGAAGGCGUGGGCGGAGGGGUGUGCGACGCCGCAGGGCGAGGGGUCCUCGACGGCGCUCUGGCUUCACAGGCCGUUCCUCUCCGUCCAGUUCAUCAUCCAAAACACGGGUACGCGCCCGGGGACGGAGAUCCCGCAGGUGUACGUCCACUUCCCCGCGGGCAGUGGUGAGCCGCCGAGUCUUUUGAAGGGGUUCGACGCGGUGUGGGUGGAGGUGGGGGAGGCGAGGGCGGUGAGGGUUGUGGUGUCGAGGUAUGAGUUGAGUGUGUGGGAUGUGCAGGCGCAGGGGUGGGUCAAGCCUGGGGGGGAGUUUACGCUUUCGGUGGGCGCGAGUAGCAGGGAUUUUAGGUUGAGUGCGGUUAUUCCGAUUUGAGAGGACUGAUUUGAGCUACUGAGACUUGACUACAAAAUGACGUUCGUCUGCGCUUUGAUGUUCAAUACUGACACGGACUGUAGAU